AUGAUUCAACUGCUGAUUUCCAGGGUUAAGACACUUACAACUUUGCACCAGACUCCCCAUAAUUGCAUAAUCAGGUGGCCCCGGUAUCCAAGUGAGAUUUUAAUACUCUUUCACCUCCGUCGCAUGUCGCCUACACCACCAAAGCUACGUAGUUUCAGAUCAAUCGGUUUUAGAUCAGCCUCAUCGGGUGUAUUAACAAAGUUUUGGAAUCGAUUGCUACAGAUUGGAGGACAUCGACAGGAAACCACACCUACAUUUGCCUUCUCCGUUGAAUUCUGCUUUGCCGGCUCAAUUGGUUUGCUAGAUUCAAAGACCAGUAUUACAAAACUAAUAAGAAUCAUAUCACAGUAAAGUGGAUACUUGGAUUUGCAUAUUGUGGAAACAUGUACUAGGUAUAAAAUGAAUGAUUGCUAGAAACAUGUACCAGACCUGUCGCAUCCGACCCCGCAACGUGGGUUCCCCAACUAGUUGAAAGAAAACCAGAAUUUUCCUUGAAAACUAUGUGAGCUUAAACAACCACCGGACAUUUCUCGGAACCACCAACCAGAGUUCCACCAUUACCUUUUGAAGAAAUCCCAAUUCGUAAAUUAUGGCAAUAAACCCUGAAGGUCGUCCUUCCAACCCCCCAAACACUAGGCUUAACCCUAACUAUCAUCAGCACAUUAAAACUUUAUCAUCUUCUCACCAUUGAUGAUGCUAUCUCGAUCUCGAUCAUCGACAUGCCCUGUCAAAGAAGCAAAGGUUGCCCUAAUCGCUGUCUCAUUAUUGGUUCCCUGCAUGAAAGGCAACAGAAUAGCCACUGAAAUUAAAUCUGAUUUGUAAAAGAGAUCAGCUUCGAUUUGAUCAUAGUAAAGAGUAUUUCUCAGACUAGGGUUCCGAACAACGAAAUUGGCGUCCAACUCGCCGUAAAUCAGUGAGUUCGACGAAAUACUGAAAUUGGAUAGGGUUAAUGUUUCUACACGAAACAGAGGAUGACGUGAGUUGAGGUCGAGCCACAACAUCCAGGAAAAAAAGAUAAAGAUGACGAUGCUGAUGAUAAAGCCGACGAGAAUGAUGAUGAAACAGUGUAGGGUGGCGCGUAGUCUUGACGCGUUUGGAUUAGAGUGGAAUGUGGGUUGAUUCUGUGGAGCAUUCGGAGGCCGGAAAACAUAAGGGUGUACAGUCGCGCCGGAGUGACCUCGGUUGCCGGUGAUGGGUCUGGAUUGAUCGGCCAUUGAAGAGGUAACUUGAAAUUAUGUGCAAAAUUGUUGAUAUUGAAAAUUUGUUAUUACAUUUGUAAUCUGCAUCUUGAAGCCUAAACCCAGUAAACAUCUGCAAGAGUUUCGAUAAAUAGUGAAGC